CACAGCCAAGUCACGAUGACUACAGUAGACGCGGCUUUGUACGGACGGCUCGCUCUGGUGACAGGAGGUGCGAGUGGUAUCGGCAAAGCGGUCUGCCACUUACUUGCCGCCGAUGGGGUCACCGUGGUGGUUGCUGACAUACAGCUCGAGGCAGCAGAGAAUGUUGCACGAUCUCUUCCAGGUGACGCCAAGCACCAGGCCAUGUACGUUGACGUGGGUGAACCGUUGUCCGUGGAGCAGCUCUUCAAUGGCAUCAGGAGUGCGUUCUCCGAGCCACUGAGCUUCGUCAUCCACUGCGCCGGUAUUCUCCGCACGGCGCCAAUCUCCCAGUGCACGGAUGAGCUUUUCGAUGAAAUUAUCAAGAUUGAACUUAAGGGAACCUUCCUGGUCAACCGGGCAGCUAUUCAUGAUAUGCUCCGUUCUGGGAAACCGCUUUCUGAAUGGAGAGGAGCCAUCGUGAACGUUUCCAGCCUUGCAGCCAAGUGCGGCUCUAUGCCGUCGUGUGCGUACGCCGCUGCCAAGGCCGGCGUCGUGGCUCUAACGAAGUCCGCAGCGUCGGAAGUGGCGAAGCAUGGCAUCCGCUGCAACGUUGUAGUACCCGGAUGGGUGGAUACCCCGAUGAUGGCCGAAGCUGGCGAAAGCAACAGGACGAGAGUUAUCUCGAGCACACCACUCAAGAGAACCGGCCAACCAAUGGAGAUAGCAGAGGCCAUAAAGUUCUUGUGCUCGCCCACAACGAGCUCCUUCAUCACGGGAACUGUGCUUGAAGUCACCGGGGGAUUCAAGAUGUGAAUUAUUUUUAUUCGCUUUGGAACAGUGAUAAUCGAGAAUAUGUAGAUAUCCAAUGCGGGUCUGCUAAAUAUCUCGUGUAAAUCUUUCAGGCCUGAAUUUUCUGGCACUUAUCGAGUGGCUUGAGAACAAAGUGGAUGUAAGCGUUAGUGUAACCUUGAAUAAAAAGAUAGGACCACGAGGUAAUAAUUUUUUCUAUAGGUUGUUAACAUAUAUCGUGAUCACGGCUGAAUGAAUGCAGGUUUUCCCUUUGUGGUGGCAGUCUGAUGUUCAAAUUUGUAA